UGCUCGCUGGGAAUGGUAGUUCUCCGCCCACGCCCUUUGCACUGUCAGCCUGGCCUUGAAAGGAAGCGGCUCCCGGGGAUGGGCACGGCGCGGAGUUUUAGUUGCUGGAGUCCCAGCUUCGCGAGGGGCUGAUCUCUUGCAGGAAGAACCUCUUGGACCUGUGUAGAUGUGAUGUCCGGGUCUGGACGAAACGAAGCUCCUGGGGUGUACCAUGAGCGGCAGCGGCUGGAGCUGUGUGCCGUCCAUGCCCUCAACAACGUCCUGCAGGAACGAAUUUUCACGCAAGAGGCGGCGGAUGAGAUCUGCAAGAAGCUGGCCCCAGAUGCCAGGUGGAACCCGCACCGCAGCUUUCUGGGAACCGGGAACUAUGAUGUCAACGUCAUCAUGGCAGCUCUUCAGAGUGUGGGUCUAGAAGCCAUCUGGUGGGACAAACGGAGGCCCCUAGAGCAGCUCUCCCUGGAGGGGGUUCUUGGCUUCAUCAUCAACGUCCCGUCCAACGUGUGUCUGGGCUUCCUGUCCCUCCCAGUGAGGCGCCGCCACUGGAUCGCCGUGCGCCAGCUUGACGGCACCUACUACAACCUUGACUCCAAGCUGAAGGGUCCGGCUCCAAUCGGUGGUGAAUCUGACCUCAGGGUGUUCCUGCAGGAAAUACUGUCCCAGGGCCCUUGCGAGCUGCUGCUGGUUGUGCCCCAUGAGUCGAGCGAAGCUGGGAACUGGCUGAGCACAGUCAGGUGACCCCUGGCGCCUAUGGAUCCACGUUGGGGCCUGCCCUGAAGCACUCUGCCCCACCCUGUUGUGCUGGCUGCUGCAUGCGUUGUGGGGAAGGAAGAAGUUGCACGUCCUCCCGUUUCUACACUGCCAGUCUGGGAGUGACAGUACGAGAUCCGUCCUCCUCCCCUCUCCAGGAAAUAGGAGUCCCCAGCUUCCCCCUUGCUUUUUAAAGACUUGGUCUGUCCUGGGACAGUGUGGAAUAAAGGAUGCAGUGCCCAAAUGGUGGCAGGUCUCCUGGCGCAACCAGUUAAGACCUGUGAGAUUAGUCAUGCUAUGUCUUCCAACAGCAACCAACCAGAUCUUUGAAGGGUGUGUGUGUGUAUAUGUGUCUAGCUCUACAGGCAGGCUAUGAUGGUUCUGUCCAACCCUUGUGCGUUUCCUGGCAUGUGGCAGUCGGUGAUAUAAAUGUGUCUGACUACCCGGUUCUGCUUCCAGCCACUGUGGCAUAGCAGACCUCUCUUCUCUGCUUAUACGUGAUCCCUUUCGUGAAAAGCCAUUUCUGCUAGUGUAUCACAGCGAGUUCCUUGGGCUAAGUGAGGACUUCCUUUGCCUUUUGCCUUAAAUCUGCUGCCUCUUCAUUUUGGGGCGAUCGCUUCUCGGCCUUUUGGCUAAGAUCAAGUGUAGUUUCAUUUUGGGGCGAGGUGUUGGGUGCCUCCAAAAGGGUCCACUCUGGAGGAUAUUGGGAGGGGCAGUUUGCAGGACAUCUCAUUUUCUUUUUUUUCCCUGCAGAAGGCCGUAGGAAUGAUAUCUGGGGUUAAGAACUCUCGAGUUGGCUGUCUUGACGAGCGAAGUUGGGAAAGAGGGAGAAAAGGAGUGUGAAAGUGCAAUUUUGCUAGCACGUCCAGGGAACCGGGGUGAAGUUGGCUAGAGGAAUUAUUGGGCUGGAGUCACAGAUUGGCUUGCACAGAGAUGCAAGGCUGCAAGUACUUAACCCCUGGGCCCGUAAUUGCUGGCUAACAUAAAUUCAACCAGGAAGCUUCUCCCAACAAUGUUAGGUGUUGGGGAAAAUCUGUCUGUUGGAUUUCUAUCUGUUCCAAAGCACAGGUUGGAUUGGGGUAGGGGGAUAAGGUAGGUUUUUGUUUUUAUUUUUGUGGGUGGAGGGAGUCUUCUUAAAGGAAAAGGUGUGUUUCUCAUCCUCCAGCAGGAAAAUUGCAAAGGGGUACAUGACAUUCCUUGCAGUAGGUCAGAAAUGAGUGGGAGCUGCGCAGCUUUUCUGCAGCGGUCAGGAAGUGAGGCUAGUACCUUGCCCAGCUCUCUCUCUCUCCCCCCCACCCCCGGUAAUAAUCCUUCCAGUUUUUAUGCUUUGUUUAGCAAUGUGUGCUGUCCUUUUCCUGACAAGGAAAAUAUCCCCCCUCUUCCAAAACACAAGAACCUUUUUAAGUUCUCGGAAAACCGAAAAAGAAGGAAAAAACUAAACGAUGCAAAACCAAUAAAACGUGUGCUGGAGUUUGUGA